AUGAUGCCACAAGACACUUCUUCAAGCACUCUUCGCCCUCUUAAGAAGAAAAUUAUCAAAAUCAAUCGACUCCAGAAGCUCAAAGCUCUACCAAUAGUUCAGAUAGGAAGAAUAGAAUCAACAACUACCACUACUGAAGCUCCAUCAACCGUUGUACCUACAACUACCAGUACUACCCCAUUGCCAAAGCUGUUUACUGUGGGUAAGCCACAGUUAGUUAUGCCUCUGGUCAGAAGGAAAAUAUCUUUAAAACCUGGAUCAGACACGAGUCCGGAAACUUCCACACCAAAACAGAAGGCCCUGAAUGCCGGAUAUAAUAACUAUUAUCAAGAAUGGUACAAGAAUACCGAAACAACUACAGCUAGGACGUUCACACUUCCUACCAUACCACCUGCCUGGGCUCAACAACUCCCCACAAGUGGAGGUGGGUUCUAUGGAAUCAUUGAUCCCAGACUAGAAGGAAAGCAUAUCAACAAGGAACAGUUGGAUAAGAUGUGUAUCAGCAUCAAAGGCUUGACCAAAGCUUUUGGCAUCAAGAAACCCAAAACGUUUGCAGAGCAGAAUUGUUCAUUAAUAAAAAUGUAUUAUAAACAGGUAACUUGUGAGCAAAUAAUCCAUGUGAUGGAAUACUGUGAGCCUAUGCUCAGUACUAGAAGACAUUAA